CCCAUAUCAAUCGCAAAAGGGACAAAUACACUUUGUAUAAUGGAUCGCAUUUUGUGUUAAUCGGAAUUGCCGCAAAAAUUGACAAAUUGUUCAGAUUAAAUGUUUUUAACGAAAUCGAAAGAUACCUGCAAAACGUUCUCGACGAUAUAACCAACAUUCAUCGUAUCGUUUUCCAUAUUAUCGUAUUCAGUGGCAUUUGGUUGAUUCGGUUUCAAGUUUCGAUCAACAAUUUGCGUUAAGCGUCCCAUCAAAGAAUUUUCCCUUCGUUUCUUGUUCAAUAUUUUGACACUGUUCGCAUUUUUGAAUGAUGGGCGACCAAGUGGGUGACAUAAUGAGAAAGUCGAAGCCGAUCUUACAUGAUCCAAACAUAAUACCGCGAGUGAAGCAGUAUUUGGAGGAGAAUGUGCACAAAACAUAUGUCGAUGUUACCGAUAUGGCACGAGUGCUGCAAGAAAGGUAUCGAGCAGAAUAUGGGCGCCGUAAAAUGGCCCCAUUCCGACAAUUGGUGGAACAGGCGUAUAAAACGGUACUGCAUAGCUAUGGGCUGGACAGCAAUCCAUCGAGUGAUGAGAACGAAGAGUCCGAUCUAGAGUUUAUGGAUGAUCGCAGUGGUAAUCAUGUUGUAAACAAUAUGCUCACUGACAUGUACCUGAACAAAAAUGUGCAGAAGAAACCGGUUUCCAAUGAAAUUGCUAUCAACAUCAGCAGUGAUGAGAGUGAUGAUGAUACCGAUAUGACACAGAAAACAUCGGAACGUAGUGAGAAAGCAACACAUCCGAUAACUGCGAACGCAACCCAACUGACAAUUACCAAAGUAGCUAAUCUACCACCAGCACCAGCUAAAGCGUCACUAGUGAACCAUAGCACGCAGCAUCAAUCCAAAAAGCGUAAGAUUCGCAGCGACAGUACAAGUCCUGUCCAGAAUUCGGACACUGUCGUUGUAGAAAAAUCGAAACGUCCACCACCUGCUGCAACGGCAAUGACUCCGGCUAGAGGAGCGAAGAAAUUCAAGCGUGAAUUCGCCGCUCAGCAAUCAAAGUUAACAUUCGAGGACAUUGGUGGCAUGAAGAAAGUUUUGCAGGAACUGUGCGAGUUGCUGAUGCACAUCAAACACCCGGAAGUGUAUCGACACAUUGGAUUGCCGCCACCUAGAGGUUUCUUGUUACACGGUCCGCCAGGAAGUGGCAAAACCUUGCUGGCGCAUGCAAUAGCCGGUCAAUUGAACAUCGGACUGAUUCCAAUUGCAGCCACCGAACUCGUAGCUGGCGUUUCCGGCGAAUCGGAAGAACGAAUUCGUGACCUAUUCGAACAAGCAGUUGCUCUGGCACCGUGCGUCUUGUUCAUCGACGAAAUUGACGCAAUUUCAUCGAAUCGCCUGAAUGCCCAAAAGGACAUGGAACGUCGCAUUGUUGCCCAAUUGCUCAGCUGCUUGGAUGGAUUGUCCCAGCACGAACACGGCGAUCAAGUAUUAAUUAUCGGUGCUACGAAUCGACCUGACGCUCUCGAUCCCGCUCUGAGACGUGUCGGUCGUUUCGAUCAAGAAAUUUCGCUUGGCAUUCCGGAUCGCAAUGACCGGGCCAAUAUACUGCAGUGCAUUUGCAGACGACUAACCAUCGGAUGUCCGUUUGAUUAUGACCAGUUGGGCGCUUUGACACCAGGCUAUGUCGGUGCAGAUUUAUUGGCAUUGGCUUCACGUGCAGCUUCCAUUGCAGUGAAACGAGCCUUUAAUGCGAAACAACGCGAUACAUUGACCAAUGUCGAUGUGGCGGCAGUCGAUAAACUUUUGAUGGAAAUUGACAAGUUGCCCAUGUCGACUGCAUCGCCUGAUUCAAUUGUAAAGGAAAAUGGAGUGGCUGCGCAGGAAAAGGAAGCUACGGAUCAAUCGAAAAAUGGCACUGACUUGUCGAAUAUCACAGAAGACAAAGGAAGCGGUGAAGAGCAUAAAGACAAAGAGCCUAUUGACGUUGAAACUGCUGAGCCAACAGUACCGGAUGCAAGCACAAUCGAACCCAUAAAUGAAGAUACCGUACCGCCGACCGAAGCCGAAAAUAUACCAAAUGAAACCACAGCAAUGCAAGUGGAUGAACCAACCGGUGAGGACAACGAAAAAGUCGCAGAUGGUGGCGAAGACGAUGACAUCAUCGAAGUGGUCGAUGAUUGCAGCGGUAUAAUUAAGAGCGACAAACCCAUCCAUUCCCAAAUAUCGUUCGAAGCCAUGAAAUUGUGGCUCAGCGACGACAAACCGAUAAUGACCGCAGACGACUUGGACGAUCUGUGCAUUACAAUGACAGACUUCGUCGAGGCAUUGAAGGUGGUACAGCCGUCAGCCAAACGUGAAGGAUUCAUUACCGUUCCCGAUGUGACAUGGGAUGACAUCGGUUCGUUGCGCGACAUCCGCGAAGAAUUACAGUUGGCCGUUCUGGCUCCAGUUAAAUUCCCGAAAAAGUUGCAAGCAUUGGGCUUACAUUCACCGUCUGGUGUAUUGUUAUGUGGUCCGCCAGGCUGUGGCAAAACAUUACUCGCCAAGGCUGUCGCCAAUGAGGCUGGUAUCAAUUUCAUUUCGGUUAAAGGACCGGAACUUCUCAACAUGUACGUCGGCGAAAGUGAACGGGCCGUAAGGCAAUGCUUUCAACGAGCCCGAAACUCGGCUCCGUGCGUUAUCUUCUUCGACGAGUUUGAUUCGUUGUGUCCGAAACGUUCGGAUUCCGGAGAGAACAACGGCAGUUCGCGUGUGGUGAAUCAACUGUUAACAGAAAUGGACGGCAUUGAAGAUCGUAAAGGCGUUUUUCUAAUGGCAGCAACCAAUCGACCGGAUAUUGUUGAUCCAGCUGUUAUGCGCCCCGGUCGAUUAGACAAAAUUUUGUAUGUUGGCCUACCGGCACUAGAAGACCGUAUAGAGAUUCUCAAAGCAGUGACUAAGAACAAACCGAUACUUGGUGACGAUGUAGACAUAAAUGAAUUGGCAACACUUACGGACAGUUAUACCGGUGCCGAUUUGGCAGGUCUGGUGCGACAAGCCUCAUUGUACGCUCUGAAAGAAUCCAUUGCUUCGUCAUCAUCGACGAGCCAAAUCAGUGUGAACAAAGCCAACUUUUUCAACGCUCUGAAGAACACAAAAUCGUCUAUCUCGGAACAGGACAAACGUCACUACGAGAAACUGCGGAAAAUUUACACGGUGGUACAGGACUAGUGGCAUUGUAUGUAUGAAUGAGAAGCAGAAAAGAACGGGAAAACUGGUGGAUAAGCGGAGAGUAACGGCAAGAAGACACAAAGAAUUUUUUUUUAUUUUGAACAUACUCAGCCACGAAUCUUUUCAUUAUGUAAAAUUGAAUCAAAAUGAAACAUCAGUUGACAUUAAAUAUUGAUAAAUGGUUCUGUUGUAACGUU